CAUGGCGGGUCAACAUCUCCUCUCCUUCUUCACCCACGGGCUACCUUCACAUCUUCUGGAGCCUCAUGGAGCUGUGUUGGACCGGUGGAACAUCUGCAGCCCUGAAGAGGAACCUCUGGUUCUACAACAAUUCUUAAGAUUCGGCGAGACCCGAGCCAUCACCCAGCAGCUUCUGCUACAUGGAGUCGGCGACGGGAGGUACCUUCCCAGGAUGGAGGCAGACAUCAAGAAGUUCCUGGAACGAGCGCCGAUGAGGCCGAUGAAGGACGAGCGCCCCGUAAAGCCUGCGCCGUCCCCUGCGAUGAUGCCGCGCCACCCCCCGCCUCCGUUGUCUCCUCAUCAACCUAAACCGCCUCCGUUCAAGCUGCCACCGACAGGCCUUACCUGUACCCCCGCACCGCCACCCGUUUCCUCUCCGAACAAUCUACCUACCCCUAUAUCCGUAUCACCCCUUAACAGGCUCCAGAACAUGCAGCCCUUCGAUUUUAGGAAACUUGGCAAAUGCAGCCCAGACCGCAAGAAGCCAGAAGAAUCCACCAACCCUGGCCUGAUGAACCUCUGCGUCACAAACAGCUCACCCGUAUGCCUCCCCCCUCCAACGAUCCCGAGCACCGUACAGUUCGGAGGUCACAAAUCUCCCUCAGCUGAAUAUUACCAUAAUUCUAGCGAAUUUGGAUCCGAAGAUGAUGAUGACGACGAAGAAAAUUCACAAAGCGCACUCAACUUGAGCAGAGAUGCCAACUUAAUGAACACAAGACCAGGACACAACAGGAAGAAUUCGACUCCACUCAAGAGGCAAUGGGGCUCCUCUACAUUACCACUCAAUCUUGGGACUCAGUUGAUAAAUCCCGCCACAGGCAAGAAGAGAGUACAGUGCAAUGUUUGCUUAAAAACAUUCUGCGAUAAAGGAGCUCUUAAAAUACACUUUUCAGCAGUACACCUUAGAGAAAUGCAUAAAUGUACAGUCGAAGGAUGCAACAUGAUGUUUAGUUCCAGGCGUUCAAGGAACAGGCACAGUGCCAACCCUAACCCUAAAUUGCACUCUCCACACCUGAGAAGGAAGAUAUCUCCUCAUGACGGAAGAAGUGCUCAGAACCACCCUCUCUUAAUACCUCCCCUACCAGCAGGACUGAAUCCUCUGACAUUUGGUACGUUUCCAUUGCUUACUCCUCCUCCUGAAAUGAGACAUCAGGCAACCGCUUUAGAUCUAAAACAGAGUUUGGAUCUCUCAGCCUCAAAACAUGAUGAUAACAGAAAAUCGGAAGCGUCUGAACAUGAAGAUUACAUGAUGGAUGAUGAUGAUGAAGAAGGCAUUGUAGUCGAAGGUGGUGGUGACUCCGAUGGCGACUCGGAUAACCACAAUGGAGAAAAGCAAGAAGAUACUCCCGUCAAAAGGUUUAAAGUCUCUGAAUCGGAAGGAGAUGCAGAAGAGGACAUGAUGAGCAACAUGGAUAGCAACGAAGAUUCAUUGAGUGUAGUAGAUUCACAAAGCUAUAAAGAAGAAAAUGGACCCGAAAAUUUAGUGACAAAGAGCUCUAGAAAAAGGAAAAAUAGAAAUCCAACUCGAUGCGCUGUUUCACAAAGUAUUAAUCACAACGAUAACAUAAUAAGUGAUGAUGACUCCUCCAAUAAUAUGAUGGACAGGACACAUCAUGAGAAACAGGGUACUAUGGAAGAAAAGAGCGAGGAUCUUAGGGUAAAAAAGACUGAAGAAGAGCCGGAAAAUAAUAAUACUAUUAAAAAAAACAUAGAUAAAUCUCAGGGAAACGCCAACAACUAUUACGAUUGUAAGGAAGGCUUAAAUCUUUCGAUACAAGAUUGUAAGACUGAAGAACCCGAAAAUUACAAGAUGGACAGGUACUGUAGGGACUCCAGGAAAGUGGAACAUAAUGAAGAAGAAUCGAGGGAAGAGAAACAACGACCUUCAAGUAGAAACGGUGAUAGUCAGCGUAGCGAGGAGUCAAUAGAUUCCUCUAACGCGCUGCGCCAGCUCGAGAACUUAUCUCAGGGUCACUUCGGCGACCUCAGCCGUCAUCACCAGGACUACCCGGGCAUCAAGUACAUGGACCAAGGAGACCCACCUUCCCCAGCGAGGUCACAGGGUUCCUCCGGCUCUUCCAAUGGAGAUGGCGCAUCAGACGAUCCUGAAAUGCACGGAUAUUUCAACGACGGUAUGGAUGUGCCCAUAGACAAAGAUAAUCCCAGAAUGUGUACUGCUUGUGGAAAAGUAUUUCAAAAUCACUUUGGUGUUAAGACUCAUUAUCAAAACGUUCAUCUGAAGCUUAUGCAUAAAUGCACAGUGGACGGAUGCAACGCUGCGUUCCCGUCGAAGAGAAGUCGUGAUAGGCACAGCGCGAAUCUGAAUCUGCACAGGAAGUUACUCUCGACAUCACUGACGGACAAAGCGAACAUGUUCUUGGACCCGACUCACCUCUCCAGCCUGACUUCGAACCCAGCCCUCCACACUGAGUUCCUGGCGAGGCUCUACGCCGACUCCGGUUCUCUGCCGCACAUCCCUCCCCCCGGCCUGCUCAACGGAGAGCGGCUUCCUCCUCAUCCUCCGCUCUUCCUUCACCCCCUCGGAGGUCUUCCAGGCUUCCCAGGUUUCCCUCAUCUCCCUAGCUCCGUCAUCAACGGCCACUCAUCAGGAUCAGUUUCACCCUCAUCCGCCCCGGCAUCACCACACCUCGUCUACGCCGACGAUGAAGAGGAAAGGACACCCGAUAAGGACGGCUUCAUACCCUGUAGGUUCUGCAAUCAGUCCCUCAAAGACCGGGGAAGCCUGAAAGAGCACUACGAAGCGAGCCACCUUGGCGACAUGCACCGCUGUUCAGUACCUGGUUGUAACCUCGUCUUCGCUACUUGCAGGAGGCGAAACCUUCACGCCGAAGACGAGCAAGCUCACAAGAAGACGUGACCUGCUGGAAAUUCCGCCCGCAAUUUUGGCUACUAUUCAAUUGACUCGUUUUCGGAGACAAUCGAUGUGCAAUAAUCAAAAUAUUGAUAAGUUUUUGGUGUUCGGGCGAUUGUAAAUUGUAUUUACACCGGUAUUUAUACAUAUUAUAAUUUAGUAGGCGUCUCCAGGUAAUUGAAGCCAUUACGAUGAAAGCUGCUAUGGAACCAAACUUUUGUAAUAUUAAUUGUAUGGAUAUUUUAUUAUAAUUAUGUGAGCGCUUUGAUUACCUCUUUUUAGCUGUUUGGUAUACGAUUAGAGCUACGUGUGUUGUCUAUAUGUAUUUAGUCAUGAACUAGAACUCGAAUUCGAGAACGUGAUGUUUACUUGUAUUUAUACAUAAACCAUAUAUAUGUAUUAUACCCACCAAAAAUAUUAUUCCCUUGUAUAUUUUUUUUUUUUUCACAAAUCACUUUAUAGAUUAAUAUUUCAAUUUAUAAAUAAAUAUUAUUAUUGUAUAUAAAAGAUUUAUUGAUUUAUAUGAUUGUCUUGUUGUAUUUCUAUGUUUCAAAACUUUCUAUGUUAUUUAUUAGUCAAUUUCGUCAUGAAGAGGUAGUUAAACAUUGUGAUAUUUUUUCAGUCGAGUCCAGUUUUUCCUUCAAAUCAAAUCAUUAAUCAAAAUUAUUCCAAUAUUAGUUGUAUCAUUCUAUGUCUGGCCUCCUAUUUGGUGUAACUUUAUGUGUAUUAUGAAAAUAACUUGUAGAAAGUAUAACUAUGAUCUCUUCUUUCUAUCCUAGAAAAAAAAAUUGUAUGUAUUAUAUUAAAAUAAUUUAAAAAUAAAAAAAAAUAAAAAUGUGCAUUCUUUUCACGAAGCACUUUGUUGUACCUUCUAAAUACUCAUGUAUAGUAUAUAAAAAAAAGAUAUUUGUCUAUCUAAGUUUGUUACAAAUCUGCAUAAAUGUGUGUAACAUAUUCCUAGCAAAUAUAUAAAUAUAUAUAUAUAGUUGAUCUUCAACAUUUUGAAAAAAAAAAGAUAUAUAUAUACGGUUCUAGUUGUAUCAUGUUGCAUUGUAAAUAAAUCUCCUCUCCUUUACCCAAUCAAUUGUAAAUGUAAGAAAAUUAAAAUUAAAAAAAAAAAUUAUAAUAUAAUAAAUCUUUAAUAUUCAUUACGUUGUUUUUAUUACAUUCAUAUACUACCCAAAUAAAAUAUUUCAACACUGCUAUUAACUAAAGGCAUU